GGGGAAACACUGACGGCUGAAUACCGAGCCCGGUCGACCAAAACCACCCCCAUCAACCUCACCAACCACUCCUACUUCAACCUAUCUGGGCAGGGAGCAGCAGAUGUCUAUGAUCAUGAAGUGUCCAUCUGUGCACAGUCUUAUCUGCCAGUUGAUGAGACAUCCAUCCCUACAGGAGAGGUCAGGGCUGUGGAAGGCACACCUUUCGAUCUUAGAAAAGAAGUCCUGAUUGGUGCUCGACUGAAGGAAGUUCCUGGCAAAGGGUUUGACCACAACUUCUGUCUGUCUUCACCCAGAGCAGAGUGGACAGAAAAACACGCUGCUAGGGUCUGUCACCCACCCAGUGGACGUGUUCUGGAGGUUUCUACGAGCCAACCAGGAGUCCAGUUCUACACUGCCAAUUUCCUGGAUGGUUCUAUAGAAGGAAAGGGUGGUUUUAGAUAUUUGAAGCACAGCGCUUUCUGCCUGGAGACACAGAGCUGGCCUGACGCUGUCAACCAGCCUUCCUUUCCAGACUGUCUCCUGCAUCCCGGUGAGGAAUACCAUCACAUCACUCGCUUCACCUUCACCACCGUCUAAUCCAACAUCAUCAGUGGAACAAAAAAACAAACAAAACUGAGACCAAGCAGACUCGUCUGCAGCAGUGUCAGUCCCUGACCUC